UGCGGUAUAUACUUAAGAUACUCGUGCGGGCACACUGCUCUCGCAAAAUAAAUUACUUCGUGUUUAAAAAAAGUUGCCGUUGUGAACCCUACAUCGCUUCGAAAUCGAAAUCCAAGUGCCGAGCAGGCCAGCGGAAACCGUUCAGCACUUCAGUAUUUCAGUGCAAGGGAACCUGCCUAACGAACCUAAAACAAACCCGAUGAAAACACAGUCGCAGCAGCAACAAUAACACGAAUGAGAGAACGAGAGAGCUCAGUUUGUUUUUGUUGUUGCCGUGUGAGUGAGUCAUGACGUUUCGGACGGCGUAGAAAAAGCCAGUUAAUAGUCGUGCAUUGCAUAAAGCGGGAGCAGCCGGACCUGCAUUCCAGGACUUGCAGCGGGAUCAGCCAUUCGCGGCCAGGAUUUGUAACAGCUGCGCCCAGUCCGCACACACACACACGCAGUCGCACUGGAACGGUGGCACCGAGUGUCACACCACACACACCGACACACACACAGCGCCUGUCACAGUCACAGCGUACGCACACAGUCGUAGCAGUCUGUCGUCACAGUUGGCUACCUUUCGAUUCGGAUUCGGAUUAAGACUCGGAUUCCGAGUUUGUGAGCAGCAACUUUCGCCGAACCCGCACCACUCCCACAAUGGUGGACCGCCUGGUCAACUCCGAGGCCAACACCCGGCGAAUCGCUUCCGUGGAGAACUGCUUCGGGAGCUCGGGCGUGCCGCUGGCGAUGCAGGGCCGCGUCCUUGUUGGUGAGGGCGUGCUGACCAAGAUGUGCCGCAAGCGUCCCAAGUCGCGCCAGUUUUUCCUGUUCAACGACAUAUUAGUGUACGGAAACAUCGUGAUCGGCAAGAAGAAGUACAACAAGCAACACAUCAUGCCGUUGGAGGAGGUCUCGUUGGAAUCGAUUGCCGACAACCAGGCGUAUAGGAAUGGCUGGUACAUCCGUACCACCACCAAGUCGUUCGUGGUGUUCGCGGCCACCAGCACCGAAAAGCAGGAGUGGAUGGCCCACAUCAACAAGUGUGUGGAGGAUCUGCUGCGUAAGAGCGGCAAAAAGCCAGUGGAGAACCAUGCCGCAGUCUGGGUGCCAGACACCGAUGCCAGCGUCUGCAUGCACUGCAAGAAAACGCAGUUCACCUUCAUCCAGCGCCGCCACCACUGCCGCAAUUGCGGCGCCGUUGUCUGCGCCGGGUGCUCGGCCAAGAAAUUCCUGCUGCCGCAGCAGAGCACCAAGGCGCUGCGCGUCUGCGACGCCUGCUACGAACGCUUGAAGCACGUGCCCAUCUCGCUGGCCGCUGGCGAGGACUCAGCCGCCACUGCUGCCGCCUCCGGCAACAAGCUGAAUACAACGGCCGGCGACAGCUCCAACGACGAGGACUCUGAUGAGGAAACAGCCUCCCCAGGCGGCGAGUCGCACGACGAGCCGCGUUUCUAUGGCGACAACAGUGUGCUCUCCGCCGCCGACGACUCCUCGACGAUAACCUCACCCUCCUCCGCGGCGGCGGCCAGCAGCUUGGAGGCUCCUCAUGUAGUCCCGAACGACCAAAGCUCGCCGGCUGCCGUUGCAACGACGGGCAGCAACUGCUGAGCGGACAGGAUAGCAAUUGAUUAUGCAAGACGAAGAACGGAAGCGUUGCGAGCAGGAGGAGAUAAAGGAGAUACGCAAGAUGACCUUGUUCAAGGCGCGUCCCAAUCCAUUUAAAUAGUGCUCGAUGGAACCAGUCGACUACCAAACUUUUGAAUACUUGUCCAAAUUUGAAUGAUGUAAAGUCGCUGCUACACAUAAACAUGUUAAUACCGAUACAUAGUUUUACCAUAUUGACACAAUUAUUGUCUCUAACAUUAUUUUUACAUCUAUGUUCGAUUAAACACCUUUGUUUCCUUUUUUGGCGGAUGAGAAACCACUAAAAUCUUUAGUUUGGAGGAAUUAACUAUAUGGAUAUGUAUACAAUAUGAGCAAUUUGUAAUUGCCAUCAUUAAGUGUUUUCUAUUUGUACAAAGCCGAAAAAAACAAUAAAUAAUACUGUAAAUUGAAAA